UGGGAUUGUACGUUCUCUGGAAGAGAGCAUAGAUGAAAGAAAAACUUUUUAGUGACUCUCACAUGCGCCUUCUCCUUCACCUCUGUUCUGACUUCCAUAGUUUUCAUCCCACACGUCGUCUCAAAAUUACUGCUCUACUGAUUUGAGGCCUCUGAUUUUUUGAUAUAUUUCUUUUUGAGCAAAGUUUUCAUUUCCCAUUUUCCCACCUAAAAAAAAAAAAAAAAAAAAAUUGGGACGACGACACAGAUUUUAAUUUAAGCUAUAGGCUAGAAAUAAGUGUUUUGGUGGCAGUUUGCAACAUUGCUAGCAGAGUUGCAGAGAUUAAAGGAGUGUGGUAAUGGGGUUUUCCCGAUAAAGCAGCACAGCGAAACCAAUACGACCAAACUUUCAUUUCCCCGAGAAAACCAAAAAAAAAAAGAAGAAAGAAAGCAUAUAUCCCUUUGAAAAUUUGGCCUUUCUGAGGAGUGAGUAAUGGCGAAUGCAUAUGCCACCGCACACUCUUCUUCUGAGCCUGAUGAUAUCUUUGCUUUUGUCAAUCAAAUUCUGCUGCGUUCUUCCUCACACCCACAAGUUUUGCAAGAAACGCAACCUUACGCCGCCGUGGCCGACUCCUCCUCCGCCGGGUUUCUUCCUUCUCUGGGGUAUUUACCGGCGGGGGAUGUGCGUUCAUCCUCUGUUGGGACUGCUGAGAACGAACCAGAUCAGUAUGAUUGUGAAAGUGAGGAGAACAGUGAAGCUGUGGUGGAAGAAGCAUCAGCAGAAGGAGCAAGACCAACUCGAAACUCUAAGAGAAGCAGAGCAGCUGAGUUUCACAAUUUGUCUGAAAAGAGGAGGAGGAGUAGGAUCAAUGAGAAAAUGAAAGCACUGCAGAAUCUAAUACCAAACUCAAACAAGACUGACAAGGCUUCCAUGCUUGAUGAAGCCAUUGAAUACCUUAAGCAGCUACAGCUCCAAGUGCAGAUGUUGACAAUCAGAAAUGGAUUAAGCCUGUAUCCUAUGUGCAUAAAUGGAGUGCUGAACCAGAACCAAUAUCCCAUUGUAGCAAUGGGGGCUUACGGGGGAAACAGAUCCCCGAAUGCUAACAUGGCUGGCGCGGUUCAUAUGAACCAAGAUGGAUUCCUGAAUGCUAUGUUCACCCCAUCCAACAAUGGUCCAAUCCCAAAGCUCACAUCUGUGGCAACUUUCUCCAAUAUCGUGAGCUCCGAAGCUUCAGCUGACAUGGAACCAGCAAUGCAGCCUCACCUUCACCCCUUCCAGCCUCCCAUUUCUUUCAAGGAGAAUUGUAGGGCAGGGAUUUUGUCUCCUGAGCAAAUGGAUGGUUGUCAUUCAAGAACAAAGCCAAUAGGAGAAAACACCACACCUUCAAAUCCAUUUGUUACUGAACUAUCUGGCUUGAGAAAUGACACAUUUGAGUUCUGCUAUCUGAGAAGAAACCAAUCAGAUGCUGCUUCUUAUCCAUCAAAUGUGGACUGCUCCCUAGUUAUUCCCCCGCAAUCGUAUAGUGCAAAAGCGGGAACGAGUGCUUCUGCUGACAGCAUCAAAACAGAGAGCAGCAAUUUCUGAAACCUGUUUGCCUGGGCUAUAAGCUAAGCUGAUGGACCAUUUUUACCAGACAGUAGCAGCAUUGUAGCAUUCUUGCUUUGAGCUUGUAACUUUCAUUCUUGCUUGGGAUGGUUGUUUAGAUUUAUUAUGUAAAGAAUGUAUGCUUAGCUUUUGGGUUCAAACACCUGUUGUGUUUGUUGUUAACCAACAAAUGAAAUUGCUCCA